AUGCAGCACAAGGCUGCUUGGGCAUCAGUUAAGGAUGACUGUGACAAAAUACUUGAAUCAGAGAACAAAACAAACCUGAAGUUCUUUCUCCCAACACCAGACUGUGGUAUCACAAGUAAAUAUGUUAGUAAUAAGUACCCUCAGCAGGCCACAUCCUCUGAAUUAUAUGCAGGGAAGCCACAGAAAAUAUCUGAUUAUUGCCAUGCUGGAUUUGUCUAUUUCCCAGAAGAUACAGUCAUCAAGUUGUUCACAAUUCUUGUACCACUUCACAUCAGGGGCCAGAUUAAGCUUGGGGAGAUAACACUGGACAGAGAGCAUUACUAUCAUGUUUUGAGUGAAACUGUGCUAAGUGUUAUGGCUGAUAGUAAACUAGAAGCAAUUGUCAUUUCAAAAAUUUGA